AUGUCUAAAGAUACAACAGUUUCAUUAGAACAACUCUUUAAAGAGUUAGAUGAAUAUAUCAUAAAUUCACAAUUUAAAAAAGCAAUUCGUGUUUGUAAUAAAAUUUUAUCAGUAAAUGGUAAUGAUUCAGAAGCAUUCCAAUGUAAAGUAAUUUGUUUAAUGCAACUUAGUAAUUUUACAGAAGCAAUUGAAUGUUUUAAAAAACCAGAACAAAUUCAAUCAAUGCAAUUCGAAUAUUCAUAUUGUCUUUAUUCAACUGCAAAAUAUCAAGAAGCAUUAACUCAAUUAGAAAAGCAAUCAUCAAAAGAAACUAAAUCUUUAGAACUUGAAGCUCAAAUCUACUACAAAUUAGAAAAUUAUCAAAAAACAAUUUCAAUUUAUGAAAGUUUAUUAUCAAAACCAGGUUAUUCAGAUUCAAUUGAAUUUAUUACCAAUCUUUGUGCAGUUUAUUUAGAUGCAGGUAAAUUCAAUGAAUGUCAAGAAUUAUUAAAUAAAAAUAAGAGUCAACAAACAAAGACCCAUGAAUUAGCAUUCAAUUCUGCAUGUUUAGCAAUUUCAAAGAAUGAUACUAAAACUGCUGAAACUCAAUUAAAAUUAGCAAAGAAAAUUUGUACAGAUUCAUUAAAAAAAGAUGGAUUUAGUGAAGAAGAGAUUAAAGAAGAACAAACAUCAAUCGAUGUUCAACUAGGUUAUGUUCAACAAAUUUGUGGUAACUUGGAGAAAUCUUUAGAACAAUAUCAAAAUGUAUUGGAACAACAAGUUGGUGAUAGUGCAACAUUGGUAGCUACAAAUAAUAGUAUUUCAGUACGUUCAAUUCUUCAAUCUGACCAAUGGUCAACUCAACCAAAAGAGUAUACUCAUGCAAUGGAUUCAUUGAAAUCUUUAUUAACAGAGGCUGAAUCAACUCGUUUAAAUAGUAAACAAAAGAAAGUCAUCAAUUAUAAUCUUUGUUUAUUAUUAGUACAAUUGAAAAAAGUUAGUCAAUGUGAAGAGUUAAUUAAAACUUUGAAAUCAAAAUACGGCCAACAACAACAACAAGUUGAUACAUCAUUCGUUGAAGAUUUAGAUAUUAUUCAAGUUUCAUUAUUAAUUAAAGAAAAGAAAUUUAAAGAUGCAGAGAAAUUAUUAUUAAAGAAUAAUACUACUACUGGUUCAAUUAAAUCACAAUUAUUAUUAGCACAAAUUUAUUUAUUGGAUAAUAAUAAUGUUGCAAAGGCAUUGAAUGUUUUGGAGAAAUUAGAUUCAUCAGUUUCAUUGAGACCUGGUAUUGUCGCUACAAAGGUUGCAUUGUAUGAAAAAUCGGGUGAUUUAGAAAAGGCAGUCAAUAGUUUAGAUGAUUUAAUCUCAAUUUUUGAUAAACAAAAGAAAUCUGAAAAAGAUGAAGAGAUUUAUGUUAACCUUUUGAAAGCAAGUGGUAACUUUAAAUUAAAACAUCAUAAAUAUAGAGAAGCCUCUGAUAUGUUUGAUAGAGUAUUAAAGAUUAAUCCAAAUGAUUUAAUAGCUUUACCAUCUUACAUUGUUGCCACUUCACAUUUCGAUCCAUCUUUAUCUCAAAAGUAUGAAGGUAAAUUACCAAAUAUUAAAUUUGAAUCUAAAAUUGAUAUUGAUUUAAUUGAAAAGUAUGGUUUAACUUUUGAAAAGAAAUUAAAUUUAAAUGAAGAUUCAAAUUCAUCAUCACCAACAACAACAACUACUACUACUACCAAAUCUACCAAACCAACUGCAACAGAAGUUGUUAAAAUUAAGAAAUCUAAAAAGAAAUUACCAAAAGUAAUGAAACCAAAUUAUGUUCCAGACCCAGGUCGUUGGUUACCAAAAUGGCAACGUGCAAAUGCUAAAGCUGCAAGAAGUAAAAAGAAUAAGGAUAUCAUUAAAGGUCCACAAGGUAUUGCAUCUGCUUCUCAAACUGCUUCACUCUUUGUUCAAGAAUCAAAAAAUACAAAUACAAACAAUAACAAUACUCAAUCUUCUAAAUCUGAAAAACCAAGAAACAUUCAUAAAAAGAAAUCAAAAAAAUAG